AUGUCUAAGCAAUCGUUUGACGACUUCUUGAAGUCUCAGCAGCUGGCCAAGCCCAAGGGCUAUGGUUUCAGAGGACAGCAGCAGCAGGGUUACCAGAACGGCCCUAGAAGCUACGGCAACUCGCAGAUCAACACCCCCUUGGACUCCACCCCCACCAGUGGAACAGCCACCCCCACAACCCCCAAUCCAAAUGCAUCCACCACCUCGUUGACCUCGUUGAACACAGCAUUGAGCAAGCUCAACGUGGCCAACAUCCCCAUCCAAGAGAACUUGAGCAACCUCGAGAGAUGCGCAAAGAUUGCCGAAGUCAGAACCGAAGUAUCGGCCAUCGUGGACAGCGUGGCCCAAGAAGCCUCGUUGAACGUCCUUAACGACUGGAAGUUGAGCGAAAUCCUCAAGUCUUUGGGUAAGCCCAAGAACUCGCCAUUGGUCAGAGAAGGCGCGUUGUUGAUCAUCCAGCAAUUGGCCAUCAAAUUCGGAGGCCAAACCCCCAAGGAGGCCUACCUCAUGCAAUUCUUUGCCCUUGCAUUCGAUGCCCAUGCCGAUAAGGACAAGAACGUGGUCAAGGGAGCUAAGACUGCCGUGGACACUUUGUACGGAAUUUUUCCCGUUGAAGCUGUGGCCACCAUUGUCAUGGACGAGAUCUUGAACUACUUGAAGUCGUCUGCCAAGUGGAACUCGAAGUUGGCUGCAUUGGCCGUCUUUGAGAAGUUCAUCGACGACGUUCCUGCCGAUUUGUUGGAAUUGAAGUUCGUCAAGGCGGUUCCAGUCUUGACCGAUUUGGCCACCGAUUUCAAGCCAGAAUUGGCCAAGCAGGGUUUGAUCACCUUGAAGAGAUUCGUCAAGGUCUUGGACAACUUGGAUUUGCAGAACAAGUACGACUUGCUCGUGGAAACCUUGGCUGAUCCAACCAAGGUCCCAGAAUGUAUCAAGAACUUGAGUUCCGUCACCUUCGUGGCUGAAGUCACCGAACCAGCAUUAUCUUUAUUGGUCCCAACUUUGGACAAGUCCUUGAAGAUGUCUUCUUCCUCCAAUGACCAGUUGAGACAAACUGUCACUGUCACCGAAAAUUUGACCAGAUUGGUGAACAACAAGAGAGAAAUCGAAACCUUUAUCCCAAUCUUGCUUCCUGGUGUUGAAAAGGUGUUCAACAACGCUUCCUUGCCUGAAGUUAGAGAAUUGGCCGAGAAGGCCUUGAACGUCUUGAAGGACGCUGAAAACGAACAGUCAGACGGUAAGUUCCACGGCAGAAUCACCCCAGAGCAAGCCUUGGAGUUCUACACCAAAAACAUCCCUCAAGAAUUGCUCCCAGUUGUCAACGACUUGCAAUUAGAAGAUGAGACUCGUGCCCAAUUCUUGUCGUUCGUCUUGCAAGCUGAUGCCAACGUCAACGACUGGAAGCGUUUGAAGGAAUACUUGAACAUUCUCGAUGUUACCACAGAAUCUGAAGAACUCAGAGCCCAAUACGCCGACACUGUUCUCGUGAAUCUCAGAGCUUUGUUCGAACCAGCCAGUGCCCAAACCGACCAAGAAGAUGAUGGUGCCAUUGAAAUUGUCAAUGCUGAUUUCUCUUUGGCCUAUGGUUCCAGAAUGUUGUUGAACAAGACCAAGCUUAGAUUGUUGAAGGGUCACAGAUACGGUUUGUGUGGUAGAAAUGGUGCUGGUAAGUCCACUUUGAUGAGAGCCAUUUCCAAGGGUCAAUUAGAAGGUUUCCCUACCGCAGACCAAUUGAAGACCUGUUUCGUUGAGCACAAAUUGCAAGGUUCCGAAGCUGACAUGGACUUGGUUGGUUUCAUUGCCUCCGACCCUGAAUUGAUCCAUGUUGGCAGAGAAGAAAUCGCCCAGGCAUUAUUGACAGUCGGAUUCCCUCAAGAAAGAUUAGAGCAAAAUGUGGGUUCGUUGUCUGGUGGUUGGAAGAUGAAGUUGGAAUUGGCCAGAGCCAUGUUGAUGAAGGCCGACGUGUUGUUGUUGGAUGAACCUACCAAUCACUUGGACGUCGCCAACGUCAAAUGGUUACAAGACUACUUGGUCGAAAACACCGAAAUCACCUCAUUGAUUGUUUCCCACGACUCCGGAUUCUUGGACGCUGUGUGUACUGAUAUCAUCCACUACGAAAACAAGAAGUUGGCUUACUACAAGGGUAACUUGUCUGAAUUCGUCAAGAUCAAGCCUGAAGGUAAGUCGUACUACACCUUGACCGACUCCAACGUCAAGAUGGCCUUCCCACCACCAGGAAUUUUGACUGGUGUCAAGUCCAACACUCGUGCUGUCGCCAGAAUGAGCAACGUCACUUUUGCGUACCCUGGUGCUGCCAAACCUUCCUUGGUCAACGUCUCGUGUUCUUUGUCGUUGUCUUCUCGUGUGGCUAUUCUUGGUCCCAACGGUGCUGGUAAGUCCACCUUGAUCAAGUUGUUGACUGCGGAGUUGAUGCCUAACGAAGGUAAGGUUGAAAAGCACCCUAACUUGAGAAUUGGUUACAUCGCCCAGCAUGCCUUACAGCACGUUGAACAGCACAAGGAAAAAACCGCCAACCAAUAUUUGCAAUGGCGUUAUAGAUUUGGUGAUGAUCGUGAGGUCUUGUUAAAGGAAUCCCGUAAGAUUUCCGAUGAGGAAAAGGUGCAGAUGGAAAAGCAGAUCGACAUUGAUGACGGAAGAGGGCCCAGAGCCAUUGAAGCCAUUGUCGGUAGACAAAAGUUGAAGAAGUCGUUCCAAUACGAAGUCAAGUGGAAGUUCUGGUUGCCUAAGUACAACUCUUGGGUUCCUAAGGAAGUGUUGUUGGAGCAUGGCUUCGACAAGUUGAUCCAGAAGUUCGACGAUCACGAGGCCUCAAGAGAAGGUUUGGGUUACCGUGACUUGACCCCAUCUGUGAUCAGAAAGCAUUUCGAAGGUGUUGGUUUGGAUGGUGACAUUGCUGACCACACUCCUAUGGGCUCGUUGUCCGGUGGACAAUUGGUCAAGGUCGUUAUUGCCGGUGCCAUGUGGAACAACCCUCACUUGUUGGUCUUGGAUGAGCCUACCAAUUAUUUGGACAGAGACUCCUUGGGAGGUUUGGCUGUGGCUAUCAGAGAAUGGUCUGGAGGUGUUGUCAUGAUUUCCCACAACAACGAGUUCGUCGGAGCCUUGUGUCCCGAACAGUGGCACGUUGAAAACGGUGAGGUUGUGCAAAAGGGUACAGUCAAUGUCGACAACGCCAGAUUCGAGGACCAGGGUGGCGAGUCUGUUGAAGGUUCGCCAGCCCCAACUUCUCCACCAAAGAAGAGAGCUGACGAUGACGAUUCGCCAGCCAACAUCAAGGUCAGAACCAGAAAAAAGAAGAUGACCAGAAACGAAAAGAAGUUGCAGACUGAAAGAAGAAGAUUGCGUUACAUCGAGUGGUUGAGUUCUCCAAAGGGCACUCCUAAGCCAGUUGACUCUGAUGAGGAUGAGGAUUAG